CGAUACAAACUUCAAAAUCAAAUGCGAUGAAACAACGCCAUUUCUGAUCGGGGUCGGUGAUUGUAUUGUAUAUUCUAACCCAAAUUGACUUCAUGAUAAGCAAUAUUCGUCUUGAUACUUUCAGAUCUUUAGUCAUGGCGACGUCUGUAUUUACCCCAUACGUUGACAAGGAAAAUGUGACUGCUAUUGGGAUGGUGCCAAGAACAAAGGGUAUUGCAUCUGGAAAGUCCAACAUUAGAGGUGGCAAGAUAUUUCAGAAGAAUACACCACACUCAAUACCAAGAAAAGCCCUGGGCGUUGUGAAUGGGGAUUCGCAGCGGACAACACUUGGUGAUAUCAACAACAAACUUAAGAAACCACAGAGUGCAGCACCCAUAAAGAAACUUUUCUCUGAGACAAGCAGGCCUGGUUCGACAACAAGGAAUGCUGUCAAACAGUCACAGUCUCAAAAGAUUCAGAGCCAUGGUCCAGUUCACAGAGUGAAGACGGAACAAAAAACAGUUCCUGUUGUGAAAGAAGUGAUAGAGAAAGAGUACAUGCCUUCAUACCCAGAUUCAGAUGAUGACUUUGAAGAUGUAGUCCGUAGAUCGGAACGAUCGAGUACAUACUUUGACAAGUUACUGUCAUGGCAGCCAUCGAGAAUGUGCUCCACUGGCAUUUCCUACGACAGCGAUGACGAGCCAUACACAAAAUGUGAAAUACCAGAAACAGAAGCUCCCAUAUUAAACAGUGAAUUUGAAGAAUCGUGUCCAUUUCUGCUUGACGAUCCUUGCAAUCCAUUGGGUGAUAUUGCUCUGCCAUCACUGGAUGAUCUUUACUUGCCGGACAUGAACGAGGAGUUGGCGACCAUGCCAGAGUUUUAGGUCUCCUGGUUUCAAUCCAAGACUGUUAUUCUGCUCGUGAUCACUCAUGCAUUUUGCAUUUUAGUUUUAAUACGCAGCCAGGACUUGCACUAAUUGUAGCCUGCCACGCUCAUGAGUGAGUUUUGAUGAGACAGAGGGUUGUUGAUUCUUCAGUUUACUUGAAUUCGAACACUGGAUGACAAAUGAAACCAACAGUGUUGCAUAGAGACUUUCAGGUGAAUGUUCAUCAAGUGCCUUGUCAUAGUUUUAAUAACAGGUUUUUAAUUUCAAGUGAGAUAGAUUUUUAAUGUGAUGAGACAAGUAUUCCUUUUGGUUGUCUGCUGGUGAGUGCAUUUCAGUUCUGUGGGAUAAAAGGACAGAAUUUCCUGGCAAUUUUGAAUAGAAGACAAGUCUGGUGAAAAUACCCAUGCAUUUCUGUCAAAUUGCUUUGCACUUCAUUACUUUGUAUAGCAUCUUCAACUGUAUAUAUUUUGUAAUUAUUAUAUUUUAUUAAUAAAAUGUCUUUUUUAUGUUA